ACUAGUAGUAUAUGAUACGUAUGAUAAAUUGUACAUUCACAUCAUAGACCAUAGACCCUGACUCCCAUACACAUUCUCUGCAUCUAUCCAUCAUAUGAAGUCCCCAACCGCAUAACACUUUUCGAUCCAUCCAAGUUUCAUUCUUUUUUCCUGUUUGUAAGUAUUUCUCCAAAAUCUUCAGUUUCUUCUCUGAUUGAUGGGCCAUAACCUUGUUGUUCUUCUUCCAUGGCAAAGCAAAUCUCAUUCUCUCUUCCCCUUUUUCUCAACUUGAUCCUUCAUAGACCACCCAUUAACGCCCUUGAUCUUCUCCUCAUCUUUCUCCAUACCCUUUUAUAGCCAUCAAUCAAUUCUUCUUCUUUAACCCCAUCAAAAAAAUUUCAUUUUUUUUUAAUUUUUUUUUACUUUUGAUUCAGUUAAUAAAAACUGAAUCUAUUUUUUUGAUUAAUUUGAAUACCCUUUUGAAUUUUAAUGGCGUCAGUGCUUGUUUAUCACGUUGUUGGAGAUCUAACGGUUGGGAAACCAGAGUUAGUUGAGUUUCAUGAAACUGAGACGGUUGAAUCUGCAAUUAGAGCAAUAGCUGAAUCACCUGAAGGUAGUAUACCUAUUUGGAAAAAGAGAUCUCAAGGUGUGAUUGAGAAUAGUGACAUGAGACAGAUGAGGUUUGUUGGUAUUCUUAGUUCUUUUGAUGUUGUUGCUUUUUUGGCUAAGAGUUGGUGUUUGGAGGAUCAAGAUAAGGCUAUGAAAACACCUGUUUCUGAGGUUGUUGUUCCAAAUAAUUCUUUGCUUAGGUUGGUUGAUCCUGGAACAAGGUUGAUAGAUGCACUGGACAUGAUGAAGCAAGGCGUGAAGCGUUUGCUUGUUCCGAAGAGUAUAGUAUGGAAGGGCAUGAGUAAGCGUUUCUCGGUUGUCUACUACGGAAAGUGGCUCAAGAAUCCCGAAUCUCCUAGCAGCAGCAGCAACAAUCUACCUGCAAACGUAAGCCGGAAUGCCUCAGCAUCCAUCCGUGAUAAGUACUGUUGUCUCUCCAGAGAAGACGUACUCCGUUUCAUCAUUGGUUGUCUCGGAGCUCUCGCUCCAAUUCCUCUCACUUCCAUUGCUGCUCUUGGAGCAAUUAAUCCACACUACAGCUAUAUUGAAUCCUCCACUCCAGCACUCGAAUCAACUCAAAAGGUUCCUCAAGAUCCAAGUGCAGUUGCAGUAAUAGAAACCACGUCAGAAGGUCAGUGUAAGAUCAUCGGAGAAAUUUCAGCAAUCAAAUUAUGGAAAUGCGAUUACUCAUCCGCUGCAUGGGCUUUAGCGAAUCUCUCGGCAGGACAGUUUGUUAUGGGAGUUGAAGAUAAUGAUACCUCAAGGUCACUUCCUGAUUUCUGUGUCAAUUCAAGAUCCGGAGGAGAUAAUGAUCUAGUUAACGGUGGCGGCAGUUCGAUAAAACCAAAGAAAUUCAGUAGCAGGAGUGUUGGAUUCUUCAAUAAUUCAGCAAGCCAUAGUUUCGGUUCAAGGAGCAUGUAUCGAGGUAGAAGUGCACCGUUGACGUGUAAAGUGACUAGUUCAUUGGCUGCAGUGAUGGCUCAGAUGCUAUCUCAUAGGGCAACUCAUGUUUGGGUGACUGAUGAUGAGAAUGAAGAAGUUUUGGUUGGUGUUGUAGGAUAUGCUGAUAUACUAAGUGCUGUAACCAAACCUCCUACAUCCUUCACUCCUCCUAUUAGAUCUUCAGAAGGGUUUGGAACUGAAAUUCAGUGUUGAAUUUGAUUUUGUUUUUCCUUUUAGCAGUUUGUCACUUUGGUUCUAAAUCAUGCCAUGAUACAUUCAAUGUGAAAAUGGGUUUUGUUGUUUGCUUGUGUACAAGUUAAUAUUAUUUGAUAAUGACAAUAUAAAGGAAUAAAGUAAUGUUUGUUUGUGCUUUGA